AUGAAUGUACUUCUUUUCGAAGAACGUGAAGUUUGCACAAGAUGCGGUGGCGAUGAAAGAAAUUGCUCCUCAUUGCGAAAUCUUCCGGCUGCUCAACUUCAACUUCCACCAUUCGUUUACUCCAGUCAUAGUUCUUCUGUUUCGCCUCAGCGAACGUCACCAUCUCCCUACACAUAUGAUUACUCGCAGGUUGCUGAAGAACGGCGUCGUAUAUGUCUUAAUAAUGAUGGUCGUUCUAACAGCUUUACAUCAGCUUCUAGAAUUGUUGAUAACCAGGUUUCUACAUUCACUGAAGAAGCAAUAGGCUGA